AUGAAGUUUCCAUGGUGUUCUCAAGCGAAAUACUUGGGAAUCAUCAUCGACAACAAAAUUUCCUGGCUUUCUCACGUGGACUAUGUAGUGGCGAAGGUCAAGACAGCAACCAAGGCGCUUUAUUCUUUACUUUGCGGCAAGAGUAAGCUUUCUCUGCGAAACAAACGGCAAUUGUAUUUGUUUUUACAUCCAACCAGCAAUGACAUAUGCAUCUGCUGCUUGACCUACAACUCCACUGCCCUAGCGUCGGCACCUCCAGUGCGACAGAACAACUUGCUGCGUGUUCUUACAAAGGCACCAUGUUUGGAGUUUGCGUCGCUACAGACGCAGUUGAAAAUCUUAAACAACUUUGUUACAAUAAAUAAAGAAGAGCUUAACUUUUUAGAAUCUUUUGCACUGGUAGAAAUUCUAACGAGAUUUUUAAAUAAUUCUGAGUUCAGUUAUUCGGAGUCGCACCGUCCGAAUUGCUUAUUACUAUUGGCUGCGUUGGCUUCUACGUCCACGCGCGCGGUAGAGCAUAUCCGCAAGCACGCCGACUAUAAAACUUUAAGUGGUCUUUCAUUAAUCCAAUCAAUUCCACUCGAACUUUUUAAAACUGGAAAAAAAGAAACUUUGCAUGCUCAUAAGAAAAGCAAACUGGAACGACAAAAUCUUCAAGAUUUGAGAAUUUUGCUUUCCAAGCUAAAAGCCAGUGACCAAUGCAUGGAAUACAUCCUCUUUGCCACGCGCCAACGGUUGCACGUGUAUGACGCAGUUAACAAGAAAAAAAAGUCGCACAGAUAUUCAAUUAGCGAUGAUGCAAGUUUUCGUGUUCCGUCCGGCUCUCAAGACUCACGUGCUAUGCUAAGGGAGACAUGCAUUCGUUCAUUAGCGCUUUUAUCCACUGUUGACGAAAAUUGCAUUCUCAUUGGAGAGUCCGACGGGUUACAAGUGCUUCUGGACACAUUAGAAUUAACGCCUUCACAGUACACUUCAGAGCAAAUCGCUCAGGAAAAGUUGGAAGUCGCGCGCAUCGUCGCAAAUUUAUCAGCUCAAGGAAAGCGCGCUUCAUUAUUUAUCGUUGAUAAAAAAAAUUUAGCGAAUAACUUUUAA